UAGUCAAACAGAAGACACAGGAAGAACGCAUAUCCGCCCCUUUACGAGUUCUCACACUCUCUCAACUACAUUUCCCAGAAAUCCCUACCCGCUUUUAGAACUAUUCUCAGCGAAAAUGGAUUUUGGGAGAUGUAGUUUAACAGGACGUGUCAGCUUGUUGCCUGACGUCUGUACGAGCAUUAUACAUGAGGAUCUCUGCAGAGGGAAGUCCAUCAUAGACAUGAAAAUAGAGGCCAGGCGUGUUUGAGGUUUUGGAAACAUGUCCAAGAAAAGGGGCAGCAGGAAGCGCAGCAGCGGCGAGCUGAGCGACAGUCUCACCCCAGAUCCCAAUAACCUGCUGGGCCGACGGAUUCAGCACAGCUGGAGGGAGAAGGGCGCGCUGACCAAGUGGAAGGGCACCGUGCUGGACCGCCUCAGCGUCAACUCCUCCCUGUUCAUGGUCAAAUACGACGGAUUCGACUGCGUCUAUGGCAUCGAGCUCUUUAAGGACGAGAGGGUCUCCAACCUGCAAGUUCUCACUGAGAAAGUGGUGAACAACAAGAUCAAGGUUCCUCAUGACGCAGAGGAGCUGGUGGGAAAAGCUGUGGAGCAUCUGUUUGAGAAGGAGGACGGAGAGAAGAACGAGUGGAGAGGGAUGGUCCUGUCCCGAGCGCCCAUCAUGACCAACUGGUACUACAUCACCUACGAGAAGGACCCCGUGCUCUACAUGUACCAGCUCUGGGACGACUACAAAGACGGAGACCUCCGGAUUUUACCUGAAGCAGAGAAUAAACACCUUCUGCCCGCAGACAGGAAGCCCGGCGAGGAAACAGAGAGCCUUGUGGGUAAGCAGGUGGAGUAUGUGACGGAUAAAGGUGUGAAGAGAACAGGCCUCGUCAUCUACCAAGUUCCUGCCAAGCCGUCCGUCUACUAUAUCAAAUACGAUGACGAUUUCCACAUCCACGUGUACGACCUGGUCAAGACCACCUAAAAAAAACAGACAAAACAAGACAUAGAAACCCAAAAACAAACCCACACUGCUUCACCUACUCAUAGCUUAAACAUCAUGGCCUCUUAUUGUACAGUCUGUCAUGCCUCGCCAUGAAGUGCCGGCCGCCGAGGUGCUGUAUGAAGCAUCCAUGUACAGGGUUCGUAUUUUGUGUUGAUGUCGCAGCUUAUGGAGAUGAUUUUUACAAUUGUCAUAUCGAAACAGUGUAUUUAUACGUGUGUGUUGGGCAUCAUUUGGUAUGUUUAUAAUCCCAUGGAAUAGCUUCCUUUCACCAUAAACCAUGCUAAAGGUUGCAUUUUCGUAUGAACGAAUGUUGAAGGAGUUUCUUGGUUUUAAAUUUGUAAAUAGUUCUGACUGCAGGUCCAAAAAAAACAUUUGAUUACAAAUCAUACAGUGAGACUCUUUAAAUUACUUAUUUAUUUAAUUAAUUUUCUUCAUAACCCAGAAAUGCUGUUGAAACUUUUGAAGUUGGUGUUAUGUGACGCACAUUUUGGCUCUUUUAGUUGUGUCCCCCCCACAUCAGAUCACAUCUGCAAUGAAACAAAGGUGUUUCAGCUUUCCGCCAUCUUCAAAAGGUGGUUUAUGAUUUUAAAAGCAAGAAUCUGGUCGGUAAAGGCACCAGACUAGGACUCAAUCUUGUUUUGAACAGAUAUAGCAUAGAGGAAGCACGAUUGACGCUUUUUGAAAUGGUUUUCUGUAAUGAUUUAUCCUCGGAGGAGUAUUGAACACAGAAGUCCAGACACUGAGCGACAUGAGUGUCAGUAAAAAGGGUCGCCCGCUUUGUCCUGUCUGAAUUCAUUAAUGCUUUAUUAUUGUUUUGUUGACUAAAGCACUUAUUUCUAAACACCAAACCAACCAGCUGCAGCUUUUGAAUUUAAAGCACAGCAAAAAUCAAAGCCUUUUGAUUGUAGUAAAGAUGACCAAUGCAAUUGUAAUUGCUCAACAAUAUCUAACAUUUAUUGGAAAAAUUAGAGUUUGUUAUGUAGCCCAGUUAAAAAAAAACAAAAAAACAAAACAAUUCCAAUCCAGCAGGCUGGAUAGAUCUGUUAGAUCUUUUUUUUAAUUCACUAUAAUAACGCUCAUUUUUUUUUUGUCCCAGUUGAUCUAAGCAGAGCUUCAUGAUAAAGUUUGAACGAGGAACGAUUUUUGUUGUGUUCAUAUGAAUUCCCCAUUGUGCAUAUGUGUCCGAUCAACUUGAUCUUCAUCAUCACAGCUCUUUAAAGUAAUAAAACGAUUCUUGCAUGGCUUGAUGUUUUGUCGUAACUAAUGCAAAUGAGCGUGAUGAUUGGCCACCUGUUCAUGUAGCGGUUUAGGCCUUUUUUGCUUGUAGCAUUUGCACUUUAUUCUUAGGCUGUCGUGUGUAGCUCCAAAGUGUCUCGCAGGAAGAUUAAAGAUUAAAAACACACUCUGAAAUUAAUUUGGCUUGCCUGAUUGGCAUCACUAAAAUGAAAUAUAUAGGAAAGCAUUAAAACAAUUUGAACUCAAUUGAAAUUGUAUUCUUUUGUUUUGAAUAUGACCAUAGAUUUCCAAGAAACUUUAUAUAACCAUAUACACACACACACACACACACACACACACACACACACACACACACAUAUAUAUAUAUAUAUAUAUAUAUAUAUAUAUAUAUAUAUAUAUAUAUAUAUAUGAGAAUAUAUUAUCAACCCAGUCCCAUAUUUUUUAUUAAUUAAUUUGAUCACACAACAUUUAUCAACUAUUUACAAUUGACUUGUAUAUACAUGUUUUAAAAGGUUUUGGCUGUGUAAAUGUAAUGCAUACAAAUGGGGAUUUCAUAUGGAAAUGUUGCUCUCUGAUUAAGUGUAUUUACUGAACUUUUGCUGCAUGUCUAUUUUGGACAGAGUGAUAGUUUUUGAUUUCCUCCUGUACAUCAUCGCUUCACACAGAUUUCACACAGAUUCAUCAGUUGUUUAUGGUGUUUUUUCUAGUUAGAUAUUCAGUAUGUCAUUAUUAAUAACACAUUGCGGGUUUCAUUUAUUUUUUUGGAAAUGUUUCCCUGUCAUUAAAUCUUUUGGGCAACCCAAUUUGGGAUUACAGGAAAGUAUUGUCCAGUAAAAUGCACAUUUCUGUAAAUGAAUUGUUCUUAUUUCAGCUGUGCAUAUGGAUUGAGUUUCUAGUCUGUUUGCUAUCACAUCAGGUGGAUCGCUCGCUGUAUAUUCUCCGUUGUGCUUUAAAAACACUUGUACUAUAUUUCUGCUUUCCAUGUAAAGACAAAGGUUUGGUGAUUUCAAGCCGUUUGAAAUGUUCAAGGUUUCAUGACGCUCAGCAGGCUUCUGCGGUUUUUCUUUCUUCUAACUGUGAAUGAGUAAUUCUCUCUGGCUUCUUCGUAAAUGUGUUUUAUUGUGUGGUCUUCGAGGUUUUGCCGGUUUCUCUGGUUCCUCGAUUUCAUCUUUUCUUUGCUGCUUUUUACCAAAGUUGUUUCAGUAGGUGACGUUGAGGAGUGUCAAACAAUUCAUCCUGUCUGUUUGUGUAAUGAAGUUAUCGUAAAUAAUAAAAGAGAUAUUUUUUGCACUGAAAA